AUGGGGGCACAUGCUCAGAUCAGAAUGAUAAAAGAGAAGAUCGAACAUGAGACGUACGACCCGCAUACUAAGCGCGAUGACAUUGCUUUGCUCCGGCUCAAUCAGCCCAUCAAAUUUGAUGACUACACUCAGCCUGCCUGCCUUCCUGCCAAACACGCCAUUGUGGACAACCUAGAUGACUGCUACGUCGCUGGCUGGGGUGUCCUCAAAGAAGGAUCCUCAGAAACAUCAGAUGUCCUUCAAGAAGCCCCAGUGAAUUUAAUUCCAGUUGACCGUUGCAACCGCCCAACCUGGUACAACGGAGCAGUGGGUGACUACAACCUGUGCGCUGGAUAUGAGCAGGGAGGCAUCGAUAGUUGCCAGGGUGACAGUGGAGGACCUUUAAUGUGCAAAAAGAGCAAAGCUAAGUUCUAUACUGUGGUCGGCAUAACCAGCUGGGGCUCCGGCUGUGCCCAGGAGAAAAGCCCUGGAGUUUACUCCGCCACCCAGUAUUAUCUCGAGUGGAUUUCUCAACAUCUUUCUAAGAACAAGAACCCUACAUCCAAGACCAUCUAA